CUCAUUUCACGAACAAACCAUUCACAAAACACACUUAAAUUACUUCCUUCCUAUCCACAAACACAAACACAAUCUUCAAUCUUCAUUCACAACCAUCUACAACCAUCAUGGCUCCACCAGUCGCUAAAAACACCGCCAACGGAAUGAUGACAUCCGGUCUGGUGAAGGCCAAAACCCUGCCUCGACGUGCUUACGUCACCUUUUUGGCCGGAGAUGGUGACUACUGGAAGGGUGUGGUUGCACUCGCCAAGGGUCUACGCAAGGCCAAGUCUAUCUACCCGCUCGUCGUCGCAAUGCUUCCCGAUGUUCCGAUGGAUCAUCGACAGAAAUUGUUGUCACAAGGAUGCAUCAUCCGAGAGAUUGAGCCACUGUACCCGCCGGAAAACCAGACACAGUUUGCUAUGGCUUAUUAUGUCAUUAAUUACUCCAAGCUCCGUAUUUGGGAGGUAACAAAUCAUUCAUUUUUUUUUUUGUUCUUUGUUAAAAACGCACUAAUUUACGGUAGCAAAUUUUGUAACCCUUUUGCGACCAAACUAACAGCAAUGAAUUUUGCGAUCAUAUGAGAUUUCCGUCGCUAA